CGUGAGGCGCAAGAAGAGGCGCUGGAUGCUAAGGUGGAAAGCGGAGCUUGUGUGUGCCAGGAGGCAGGCGUGGUGAGGUGCGCUUUGGAGCGUGCUGUUGUUGGCGCUGGGCUCGGGAGGCCCCUGAACAUGGCGCUGUGUGCUGCGUGUGCCAGCCCCAAGAGAUUCCCGUGUGGAAGAAGGGAGAGGAUGAAGGAGGCCGAGGGCCCUUUUCUCGGGGCCGGCUCCUGUGUGGCCUCUUGCUUGCCGGAGAGAAGGGCUGCCCGCUGGGCACAGGGGGUGCCUUCUAGCUGCCGUCCCGUGCCCUGUCCUGCAGCCCCCUCCUCAUGCUAUGUGGAACGCCAUGGCCAGCAGUGCGGCUGCCAUUUUAGAACCUUCGCCGCAUCACAGCCGUCACCUUGGUCACCGCUGCCCCGGCCAACGCACUCGCCUCUGAGAGCUCUGGCAGCCAUGUCAGGAGCAAAGAGAGCGAGGGGCGAAGCUUGCCCAAUUUCCAAUAGGAAGGGAGAGCUGGGGGCCCCAGAAGCGAAGAGGAGGAGGGGGGCCGCCUUGAAGAUCAAGCGGAGGAGGAAGGAAAAGAGAGUGCGUUUCCAUCGCGCCUGGACCAGCGCUGUGACCACCUCCGUGGAGCCCAUGGAGGUGGAUCCACCUCCGGAUGAGCCCAUGGAGGUGGAUCCACCUCCGGAUGAGCCCAUGGAGGUGGAUCCGCCUGCGGCACAGCUGGCCUGGCACCACACCACCGUGCCAGGCCCCGCAUCGGCGCCGUCCCACCGCCGCUGGUCCAGGCGCUCGGCUCCCUACCCGCUGCGCGGCCCCCGCCCCCAGCAUUAGCUGGGUGGCAUUAGUUUCCAUCAGCUCCUCCUCUGGAGCCAAUUCUGCGGGCCCCCAGCUCCAUCUUCACCCUGUUAUGUCCCCGUCCCUGUUUUUCUUGUUGAUUUUAGUGUUAAGAUUAGUGUUAGUGUUAGGAGUAGGUUAUUGUUCAUGUUUUAGAGUUAGGCAUAGGUUACUCGUAGUCUUUUAGUGUUAGGCAUAGGUUCCUGUUCUUGAGUUAGGCAUAGGUUAGUUGUAGUCUUUUAGUGUUAGGCAUAGGUUCCUGUUCUUCUGUUUGAGUUAGGCAUAGGUUAGUUGUAGUCUUUUAGUGUUAGGCAUAGGUUCCUGUUCAUACUUGACAGUUAGG